AUGACAAGGCCGGCCGUGUCCGUGAGGCGGGCGGCGCUGGCGGCAUUGGCCAUCUUGUUUGGAGCGCUUCUUCUGAUGUCGUUCGUCAUGGAUGACGUCAAGAAAGCGGCUCUGCCGGCGGCGAUCGGCGGGAGGAGGAUGCUGGGCAGAGGCGCUGGAGGGCAGAGGACUCUGGAGGAUUUCAAGGUUGAUGAUCCCUUCCAGGACAGCAAGAGAAGGGUGCCCAAUGGUCCUGAUCCUAUCCACAACAGUUUCAAAUCCUUGUGCCUUCUCCAGGGGAACCGGCAAGUCAGGACGAUCGCCGGGCCGAGCAUGACGUCGGCAGCGCAUGCCGAGGCAUGGAAGCUUCCGAUUCCGAAGAGGCCGGCGACAUAUUGGGAGCAGCAAGCAAACAGAAGAUGCAAUGCAUUGCAUUGCAUUGCAUGGAGGAAGAGGAACAGACAAGAGGUGCAUCGUGGUAGGUCUGGCUGGGAUAUUGGGUGUAACUAG